AUGAAGGUGCUGAAGGGCUGCGGUAUGCGCUCCUCUGUGGGCUUUCUGUCCCGCCGCGGGUUGACGGGGCAGCCGCUAAUGAAGGACGAGUUCCAACGGCGAAGGCUAGCCGGCUGCACCAGCCUGUACAAGAAGGACUUGCUCGGACACUUCGGCUGCGUCAACGCCAUCGAGUUCUCCAACAACGGCGGAGAGUGGUUGGUGUCCGGGGGAGAUGACCGCCGGGUGCUCCUGUGGCACAUGGAAGAAGCCCUCCACUCUCGUGCUAAGCCACUCAAGCUGAAGGGAGAACAUUUGUCCAACAUCUUCUGCCUUGCCUUUGACAGCAGCAACAAGAAGGUUUUUUCUGGAGGAAACGACGAGCAGGUGAUUCUUCAUGACGUGGAGAGGCGAGAGACGCUCAACGUCUUCCUGCACAUCGACGCCGUGUAUAGCCUCUCAGUCAGUCCGGUAAACGACAACGUCUUCGCCAGCUCAUCGGACGAUGGCCGCGUCCUCAUCUGGGACACCCGGGAGCCGCCGCAUGGAGAACCGUUCUGCCUGGCCAACUACCCGUCAGCCUUUCACAGUGUGAUGUUCAAUCCGGUGGAGCCCCGACUGCUGGCCACCGCCAAUUCCAAGGAAGGUGUCGGGUUAUGGGACAUCCGCAAACCACGCAGCACACUGCUGCGCUACGGUGGCAGCAUGUCACUGCAGAGUGCCAUGAGUGUGCGCUUUAACAGCACUGGCACACAGCUGCUAGCGCUGCGUCGCCGCCUACCGCCCGUCCUCUACGAGCUACACUCGCGCCUACCCAGCUUCCAGUUUGACAACCAAGGCUACUUCAACUCCUGCACCAUGAAAAGCUGCUGCUUCGCUGGCGACCGCGAUCAAUACAUCCUGUCCGGCUCUGAUGACUUUAACCUCUACAUGUGGAAAAUCCCCACGGACCCUGAAACAGUAGGUCGCGUGGUGAACGGGGCAUUCAUGGUCCUGAAAGGCCACCGUUCCAUCGUCAACCAGGUCCGCUUUAACCCGCACACGUACAUGAUUUGUUCCUCUGGUGUGGAAAAAGUCAUCAAGGUGUGGAGUCCUUACCAGCAGCCCGACAGCCUGGGUGAUCUGGACGGGUGCGUGGAGGACAAAUGCCGCAGCCUGUACACACAUGAGGAGUACAUCAGUUUGGUGCUCAACAGCGGCAGCGGCCUGUCGCACGACUAUGUCAGCCAGUCCAUCCAGGAGGAUCCGCGCAUGAUGGCCUUCUUCGACUCACUGGUGCGCCGCGAGAUCGAGGGCUGGAGCUCCGAUUCCGACUCGGACCUCAGCGAGGACGCAAUCAUGCAACUGCACGCCCGUGGACGUCGAACCACCCGCGCGGCGGCGGCCGCGGCUGCUGAGGGCAUACCCGGAGCCGCGGUCAGACCGGACGACUCUGAUAAUUCCAGCUCAGGAGGGGACGACGACGGGCGGGCCAGAAGGCGGGGCAGCCGGCCACCGUCGGGCUUAGUGGCCAACGAUGACUCGGACUCCAGUGAAUUCUGGCUGAACCCCAUGCCGCGCCCUCGCUCUCCGAGCCCGCGCGACUACGCCACCUUGUCCAUCCCUUCGUCCACUUCUCCCUCGCUACCCGCCGGGGCCUCCAGCCCCUCGGCCAGCGCCUCCAGCUCCAGCAGCGAGGACGAGGAACGACGGAGCGCCGUACGCCGGCGCAACGUGAUGAGGCGGCGACGCUCGCGGGUGGCCUCGCGAGCCGGCGAGCGGCCCGACACGGACCACGGCGGCGAGGCGCUGUUCUCCGCCGUCGACUCAUGCAGCUACCCGUCCAUAUCCGUCCACGACUCGACGUCGUCGUCGGAGGAACUGGAACGCGGUGGCGGGAAACAACGUCUCAGCCUGUCGGAUUUGGUGUGCGGCAGCCCGGUGAUGUCGCCCGAAAGUCGGGACGAAAGGAGCGAGCCCGCAGCGCGACGGCACGGCAGGACCGAUGCAGUCUCAGACGACGGAGACGCGGGCGCGAACAGCUGCUGCCGAGACACCGCCACCGGACAGCCGGACGACGAGGUUGCCGAUGAAGAUGCGGCAGCGGCGGACACAAGGACGGGAGAAAGGCUAAAACUCCCCACGCAGAAGAGGACUCACACGGGAUCAGAAGAGGGUGAUUGCGGUUCUUCAGAGAAGAAGCUCAAAACAUAG